AUGGCCACUCUCAGACCUCUGGUGAAGUCCAAGAUUGUGCAACAGAGGGCCAAGAAGUUCAUCUGGUGCCUUUCAGACAGAUAUGUCAAAAUUCAGUGCAACCGGUGGAAACCCAGAGGCAUUGACAACAUGGUAUGCAGAAGAUUCAAGGGUCAGAUCUUAAUGCCCAACACUGGUUACAGGACCAAUAAAAAAACAAAGCACAGGCUGUCCAGUGGCUUCCAGAAGUUCCUAGUUCACAAUGUCAAGGAGGCUGAAGUGCUGCUGAUGUGUAACAAAUCUUACUGUACAGAGAUUGCUCACAGUAUCUCCUCCAAGAACCACAAAGCUACUGUAGAAAGAGCAGCCUAG